AUGGCGGACGGAGAGCCCGACUACAGCUCCCUGCCCCUAACGGAGAGAUGGGUACACAAAGUAUGGAAAGUUCGCAAGCAGGCAUACGAAGAGGGAGCCAAACAAUUCGAGGCCACUCCUGACGAAUAUGAUCCCGCUUUUAAACCUUUCAAUCAAGAGCCUAGUUUGUGGAAAGGAGCCGUUGCAGAUUCAAACGUUGCCGCUCAAUCCGAUGGCAUUGCGGCCUUCUGUGCGUUUCUCAAGUUCGGUGGCAAGGAAUGCUGCGUACGUUCGCGUGGUCAAGUCGUUGGUCCCAUUGUGGAAAAGGGGCUUGUGUCUACGAGGCCUGCUACUAAGACAUCUUCCAUUGAGGCCCUGCUAUUGCUUAUCGAGAUCGAUGCCGCUGGCCCAAUAAUUGAGGAUAUACUACCAGCUAUAUCUGCCAAGCAGCCCAAGGUCAUUGCUGCCGCACUCGCGGCGCUCACGACUAUUUACCACAACUACGGCUGCAAAAUAGUAGAUCCAAAACCGGUUCUAAAGAUUCUCCCUAAAGCAUUUGGACAUGCGGACAAGAACGUACGCGCUGAGGCAACCAAUCUAGCCGUUGAGUUCUACCGAUGGCUCAGAGAUGCUAUGAAACCCAUGUUCUGGGGCGACCUAAAAUCGACACAGCAGUCCGAUCUGGAAGCUCAGUUCGAAAAGAUCAAAGCAGAACCACCAGCAAAACAGGAACGGCUACUGCGGUCCCAAAAGGAAGCCAUGGAGCGCGCGCCGCAACCUGGAGCUGAAGGGGACAUGGACGAUGACGACGGUGCCGACGAACCAGCCGAAGUGGAUGCAUUUGAUCUUGCAGAGCCUCAGGAUGUCAUAUCAAAGGUUUCGGGUACUUUCCACGACAACAUCGCCUCGUCAAAAUGGAAGGAGCGCAAAGAGGCCCUCGAAGCUCUCUAUGCUGUGCUCAAUGUACCAAGAAUCAAGGACGGUGACUUUGCCGAGAUCAACCGUGCCUUGGCGAAGUGCAUGAAAGACGCAAAUAUUGCUGUCGUCACCCAAGCGGCCCAGUGCAUCGAAGUGCUUGCACAGGGGCUCCGGAGAAGCUACGGAAAGUAUCGAUCGAUCGUCAUGGCGCCAAUCAUGGAACGGCUGAAGGAGAAGAAGCAGUCCGUUUCCGAUGCGCUCGGUGCUGCCUUGGAUCAAGUCUUCUCAGCCACCAAUCUAACAGACUGUCUUGAGGACAUCUUCUCAUUCCUCGGUCACAAAAACCCGCAGAUCAAAGAAGGAACCAUGAAAUUCCUCGUCCGUUGUCUCAGGACAACCCGCGAACCCCCAAAUAAGCAAGAGACGACCAGCAUCGUAGAGGCAGCCAAAAAACUACUUUCCGAAUCCAGCGAGGGCUUGAGAUCUGGUGGUGCCGAGGUUCUCGGAACCGUCAUGAAAAUUCUUGGAGAGCGUGCCAUGACACCAUUUCUCGAAGGUCUGGAUGAGAUUCGAAAGACUAAAAUCAAGGAAUACUUUGACAAGGCUGAAGUAAAAGCCAAGAGUAAGCCAAAGCCGAAGCCUGCCCCUGCUCCUGCGGCACGAGGUCCACCAAAAAAGAUCGUAGGCGGCGCAAAGAAGGCCCCUGCCAAGAAAGCUGCGCCGGCUGCUGCACCUCCCCAGCCUGUAUCAGAGCCCGCUCCUGCGCCUCAGCCGGCAUCCCGACCCGGUGCAGGUACCAAGCUAGGCGUUCCCAAGGCUUCCGGGUUGUCCGGACUAAAGGCACCACAAAGACGCAUCGGCGCCCCUGGUAUUGCCUCCCCCAGAAAAGCACCACCACCUCCAGUAGAAGACGAAGAGCCCUUUGAAGCAUCUCCUCCGCCAAAGCCCCGGAUAGGGCUCGGCCGAGGUGGCCUCGCUGGCCGAUCAUUAGCCAAGCCAUCCGCUGCCUCAACAACAUCCUCCGCGCCCUCCCCACCGCCGUCAAGUGGGCUCACAGCCAUAGAGCGCGCUGAACUCGAAGAAUUGCGUAGUGCAAAUGAGCAACUCACGAAGCAAGUAGACGAGAUGCGUCAUGAACGAAAUAAGCUUUUGUCAGAAGUACAAGAACUAAAGAAUCACAACGCCGGGCUUAUCGAAGAUCACACCAGAGAUGUACUUAGCAUCAAAGCGAAGGAGACACAAUUAGUCAGAGCGAGAAGUGAUGCCGAAGCGACCGAACAAACGAAUGAGAGGCUACGGCGGGAACUUGAACGCCUUAAGCGCGCACUCAGUAGGGCCGAGGGCUUGGGUGCACCUGGGGGUAUUGGAAGUCCGGGUGUGACGAGCCCUACACCCGACGAAAUGGGCAUAUACCGUGACAGCGCAAACUAUUCCAGUGCCCGAUCAAAUAGAAUGAGUUUCGCCAGCACACUUUCAGAAGAGAAGGAAAAUGGCGACGUACCUCACAACUACCCGAGGAGCAAACUAAGUCCAGACCUAAGAUAUGGCAGUGGGUCAAGCGGGAGGGGAAGUCCUGCCCGUGGCUUCAGGAGUACAGCGGUAGACGAAGGGGCCGGGCAUCAUGGCACCGGAUCUGCCACAAGUUCCACGGUGGGCGGACCUACUAGCAACGGCGUAGAGAGCUGGAAGAGAGCCGCUGAGGUUACAAGUCAACUCAAAGCCAGGAUAGAGCAAAUGAAGGCUAAACAAGGGUUUAACCGGCCAUGA